UCACGGGUUCCUGCGUAGGGGAGGCGGAGCCUGCGGGGACCCUGAGAAGGAAGGGACGGUGAAGGGGGGCUGAGGAGGUGACGGCCGGCCGGGCGGAGGGGCCCCGCGCUCUUCUUCUUGCCCCCCGCCCGCGGGUGGCGCGAGGUGCAAGGAGAGCGAGGAGGCCCCUCCCUCAGUCUCGCGCUUUCUGGGGGUCUUUUUCACGAUCCCCCGACCCGUCGACGUGCUGCUUGCCCUUCUUUUUCCUCUUGAGGAGGAGGAGGGGGCGGUGGGGCCUGUGCUCCCGUCCCCUCGCCCCGGCCCUCCUGCCUGGGUGUAAGCGUGUAGUCUCAGGGGAAAACCGGGACCCUGGACCUCGCUCGUAUCCUGGGCCUGGAGACAUCGUUUGGGAGAGGGGAUCCUCGCCCCCGUUCCUUCCUUACCUUCCCCUCCACAGGCAAUAAAAGGAUACUAAUGGGAGAGCCAUUCUUUUGAAAUUCAGGUUUUCUGGGCUGGCUGCCACUAUGGAUGAGCAGCAAGCUUUGAAUUCAAUCAUGCAGGAUUUGGCAGUUCUCCAUAAGGCAAGUCGUCCUGGAUUGCCUAAACAAGAAACGGGGAAAGGGAAAUCAGCUUCACCAAAAAAGCAGAAUGACAUCAGAGUCAAAUUUGAACAUCGAGGUGAAAGAAGAAUUCUGCAGUUUACUAAACCGGUCAAGCUGGAAGAUCUUUCCUCAAAAGCUAAAGUUGCCUUUGGACAGCCUAUGAGUUUGCAUUACAGCAAUAAUGAGUUGGUGAUCCCAUUAACCACCCAAGAGGACCUGGACAAAGCUAUUGAGCUUCUUGAUCGUAGUGUUCACAUGAAAAGCCUCAAGAUAUUGCUCGUUGCCCAUGGAAACACACAGAGUAACAUGGAGCCUCUACCAUCAUUAGAAGACUUGGAUAAUACAGUGUUCAGAGUGACAGAGAGGAAAAGCAGGCUUUCUGUAAUAGGUUACUAUGCUCGUGAUAGAAGCUCACCUCCUCCAGGAUACAUUCCAGAUGAUCUGCACCAGGUGGCCCGGAAUGGGUCAUUCACCAGUAUCAACAGUGAGGGAGAGUUCAUUCCAGAAAGCAUGGAUCAGAUGUUGGAUCCAUUAUCAUUGAGUAGUCCUGAAAACUCUGGCUCUGGAAGCUGCCCCUCUCUUGAUAGCCCUUUGGAUGGAGACAACUAUCCCAAAUCUCGAAUGCCAAGAGCACAGAGCUAUCCAGAUAACCACCAAGAAUUCUCAGAUUAUGAUCUCCCAAUAUUCGAGAAGUUUGGAAAAGGUGGAACUUACCCUCGAAGGUAUCAUAUUUCAUACCAUCACCAAGACUACAAUGAUGGUCGUAAAACUUUUCCAAGAGCUAGAAGGACCCAGGGAAAUAGCCUACGAUCUCCAGUUAGUUUCAGUCCAACUGAUCACUCACUGAGCACGAGCAGUGGGAGCAGUGUUUUCUCUCCAGAAUACGAGGAUGGGCGGAUGCGAAGAAGAGGAAGUGACAUAGACAAUCCUACCCUGACUGUAAUGGAUAUCAGUCCUCCAAGCCGCUCCCCACGUGCACCAACAAACUGGAGGCUUGGUAAGCUACUGGGCCAGGGUGCAUUUGGCCGAGUUUAUCUGUGUUAUGAUGCAGACACAGGACGAGAACUAGCUGUCAAACAAGUUCAGUUUGAUCCUGAUAGCCCAGAGACCAGCAAGGAGGUAAAUGCUCUUGAAUGUGAAAUUCAGCUGUUGAAAAACCUGCUGCAUGAGAGGAUUGUUCAGUAUUAUGGCUGCUUGAGGGACCCCCCAGAAAGAACGCUCUCCAUAUUCAUGGAAUAUAUGCCAGGGGGCUCAAUUAAAGAUCAAUUGAAGGCAUAUGGUGCACUCACGGAGAAUGUGACUCGAAAGUAUACUCGGCAGAUUUUGGAAGGAGUUCAUUAUUUGCACAGUAACAUGAUUGUACAUAGAGAUAUUAAAGGAGCAAAUAUUCUACGGGACUCCGCAGGAAAUGUUAAGUUGGGUGAUUUUGGUGCCAGUAAGCGGCUUCAAACAAUUUGUCUGUCUGGCACGGGAAUGAAAUCUGCCACAGGAACUCCUUACUGGAUGAGUCCAGAAGUUAUCAGUGGAGAAGGUUAUGGGAGGAAAGCAGAUAUCUGGAGUGUGGGCUGUACAGUGGUGGAAAUGCUUACUGAGAAACCGCCCUGGGCAGAGUUUGAAGCCAUGGCUGCCAUCUUUAAAAUUGCCACCCAGCCAACCAAUCCUCAGCUGCCACCUCAUGUCUCGGACCAUGGUCGGGAUUUCCUAAAGCGUAUUUUUACUGAGGCCAAGUUGCGACCAUCUGCAGAUGAACUCCUAAGACAUACAUUUGCACAUUAUCACUGAUGGCCUGUAUCAACCCAGCUCUCACCUACUGCAUUUAGUUUCUGACUGCACUUUGGGGUUUUUUGUUCUUUUACACAAAGUUGAGAAAAGACAAGAGAGAACUUUUCUCUUGAUUCUUUAUUUUGUAUAGAUUGUUAACAGUCUUUCCUUUAUAUUAGAAUGCAAAUUGUGUUCUCCAUUUAGAGCUAAAAUCUUUUUAUUUCAGCAAUGUACUGAUGUGGUUCGCAUAAAGCACUUUAGUACAUAUUCAUUCCUGAUUUAAGGGGGGAGGAAGUCAAACAGUUUGGACUGUCAGGAAUUGUGUAAUUUUUUUUUCUAACCUUGCUGACUAACUUAAGAUGCAGGGGAAAUAUACAAGUUGCUAGCAGAUCGAAGAAGAGAAAAAUGUGUUUAAUUGUUCUUUCUUGUGUGUAGAUAGUUGCCCUAAGGGGUCUUGGUUGUGCUUCAAUUUCUAAACCAGUCUUUCAUCUGUGGAAAAAGACACAUAAAGCUGAAAAAAUUCAGAUUGCUGGGCAGGGUGCACUGUGGAAAAGGCAGCAUUUGACUAGCAUAUCUCCUGCACCCUGAGUACACAUAUUAUAAUUUCAUCUUAAAAUAGACAAUAAAGCCCCCCAACUAACUAUUUUUAAGGAUCAUGGAGAGUUAAGUUCUGAUGCAUGGAGAACACAGAACAGGAAUCUUAGGGUCACAGGUUACUGUAAAUCAGUAUUCCUCUAGAAUAUGAACCUUAAAGGACAGUGUCUCCGUAAGUAGGGAACUAACUGGCUGUGUGGAAUCAUCACAUUAUGAAUUGAGAGAGAGAGCACUACAAAGUGUAUGCAUCACAUUCUGCAAAUGUUGACUUCCAUUUUUAAAAGGAGUAUGUUUCUAAUCUCUACGGAGGAGAUAAGCUUUAAAUAACACAGAGUCUGCUAAGAUACGAGACUCAUGGAGGUCUGGGUGGGUCUUCAGUAGCAAGGGUCAAAGAUAUUUCAUAGUUAACUGUAUAAAUCUGACGUACUAUCCUAUCUGCCCUGCCAUCUAGUAAUAUAAGAUCCAGUCUUCCUUUUCUCUCUCCAUUCUGUUACAAUUUAAAGUACCUAGACUAGAAUGGGUAGCGUUAUCAAAAAUAAAUGUACCAUUUCUGAUGACAUUGAACAGGGUUUUGUUGAUAAGAUGCACAUUUGAUUUAAUGAUGAGUAGUAUUUGCAUAAUUUGUGUAAUUUGCAUCAUGGUGAGCAUGCAGAAUUUGGUUUUCCAGGUUGUAGAGUUCUAGUUUUUAACAUGGAGUAUACAAGAGUUAUUUAUUUAUUUAUAAAUAAUUAAAAUAUUUUUAUUCCACCUCACAAUUGGUGGCUAACCAAUUAAAAUAUGUAACUGUACCAUAAUUGUAAAAUUCAUAGGAGUAUAAAAUAGAAACAGACAUCACAGAGAACAAAUAGAAAAUAGUGUCAGAACCAUGAAGGAAUCAGAUAAGUAUCACGCCGUGCCUAAAACUUAAUAGAUGUGGUGCCAUAUGAAUGUCUCUGGGGAAGGUGUUUCUCAGUUGGAGUGCUGCCAUAGAAAAGGCCCACUUCUCUAUUUGCCAGUCACCAAACCUCAGAAAGCGCGUCACCUGGAAAAGGGCCUCUGAAGAUGAUUGCAAAGAACAGGCAGGUGCACCUGAGAACAGGGAGUCUUUCAGAUGUGUUCCUAAUUGUCACAGGGGAGCUCAGUAAAAGCAGACCUGGAUGCCUCUGUGCAUAUCUGUUAAGUAUUAGUAACAAAGAUUCAUAUUUGAGAUUAUUAUCAUAAGUGAGUGUAUCCAAGUUCAGGUAACUAAAUAUAAUGCAGUGCUUCAAAAAUACGUGUAGAACGUAAUAGUUCUCCCUUCAGGAAAAGUAAGGUCCCUGAAUAAUUCUAGUUACCAGUGUCAUGUGAUAAUUAAUCACUAAAGAAUCAGAAGUUUCUAGAAGUGGUUUUGCUAAUCAGUAUCUGACAUUUCCUAGGGAAAUCCUAGAGGGCAGUCUUUACAGAGGCAUCAGGGGCUGAACACACUGAAGAGCAACAGAUGUGUCCAUAGAUAAUCCAUAGGUAGUAUACAAAUCUGGCUGUAUUUUUAUUAAAAAAUAAUAAUAAUCUGCCCUUAAAACAAAAUCAUGAACAGCCAUGAAAUCGGGAACAAUGUGAAUUGAUGUUAGAAUGUGACAGAAUGUUCUCAAUCCCUUAAACCUAAUUAAGAGAUCAGGAACUUUAAAAAUAACCAGGUAAUGUUAAACGUGGUUUAAGUCCAUAGAGGUAGUCCUAUUUGUUGUAGCAUAAUAAAGCUAAAGUCCAGUGGCACCUUAAAGACUAACAACAUUUAUUCCAGCAUGAGCUUUCAUGAGUCAGAGCUCACUUCUUCAGAUGCAAUGCAAACAUGGUUAAGGUCAGAGUUGAAAGCUUAAAGCUAGAACGGGAAUUUGCAUUGGUCAGGGUCUUGGGGUGAGCACAUCCGAUCCUUUGACUGUGGGUAAGGGAUGAGGAUUGUUGCAUAGUACCAGCCUACCUAGUAAGAGCACAGAAUUUUGAGCAUUAGAUGUUGAUUGAACAAAAGGCAGUUGUGCAAUAGAUCACACAAAGAACUUUUGCAAUAUUUCCAAAUUCUGCUAACCCCCAUCAAGCUGUUAACUAUGCAAAUUGUGUAGAACAUGCAAAUCAAGUAAAUAUGCAAAUGUGCAUAAUUUGAUUCACUAAUCGAUAUGGGGGUAGGUUGACCUGAGAAUCCUAGUGUUUGGACAAUACGAAGCAGUGUAUAUAUGUUUAGCAUCUUUAGUCAGACUUCCUUAUUCUGUUCAUCUGUCAAGUGUUUUAAAAUCUAGCAGGCGGACAAUCAUUGUAGCCUCUUGUGACCUCAGUAAAGUGUUGCUGCAGCAAGACUGAGGAGAUGUUAGUCUAGCUCUUGCAGCGUGAUUUGAGGAGCAUGUAUGAACCUUCCCUUCUCUCUAGACAAUAUUAACAAUUUUAUUUUGUUCCAUUAAUGCUGAAUCAUCAAUGACUUUUCAUGAAGUGGGUCAAACAAAAGUAGCUAACAGAAGUCCCUUGCUUAUUGACUCAACUGUGCAGACUUUUUGAAUGUUAGUCUGAGAAUAUCCUAUUCAAGAUGCAUGGUUGCUGGAACAAUCAAAUGUGUGGCUGUCCAGCUUGGUUCUUCAGCUGUGUAAAGAGCAGUAUAUGUUGGUGCUUUCUUUUGUAAUUUGGUCUCAAAUAAGUUGGAUGGGUUUUCGUCCUGUCACCCAUUUGCCUUUUGAAGUUUGAGACGCAUGAAAGCUGAGAUUGGGAAUGGAUGAGUAAAGUGAAUGGGACUAAAACAGGCAUCUUGAUGUUGGAUUGCAAGAUGCAAGGCAGAAAAAUGUCUUUUUCAAAUCUUCGAAGCUGACUGUUAAGAAUCUGGAUCUGUUUUAACUUACUGACCUUCAUUUGGUUACCAACUGCUGGUGCCAGGGCUGCUGUUUCUGCAUCUGGGGCAGAGGAGAAAUCUCAGUUAAAUAUGACAGUUGUCUUCCUCCCUCCUGCUCAGGCUAAUAACAUGCAGUGGAGUGUGAUCUUGACACAGGAGGAGAAAGAGUUCAUCUUGAAAAAGAGCCUUUCAGUGGGAACUUUAAAUUUCAGCAAUUGCUUAUUUGGCAGGUAGGACUAUGCUAAUCAAUAUGUAAGGGGGUAAUAAGCUAAUUGAUCAGGGUGUUAACAGCUGUCUGGUAUAAUUAGAAAUAUAGAGCAAGAGGAACAAAACCUCACUGAAUGAACUUGUCAUUUUAAAAAUAUGCAAAUUUUCAGAGAAUGUCAUCUUUAGGUAUAGAUAUUUGCUGUUAAAGAAAGCCCAAAUAGAGGGUUUUUAAAAUUCCAGGCUCUUUGCCUGACUGGAUGAGUGUAGUUCUUUAGGACAAAACACCUGGAGCAGUCUUUACAAAUACUGGUUCCUGCUUUUCCAGGGGUCUGUGGACAUGAUACACACAUUAUUUUAGUUCACUUGUUGCAUAUUUUUCAUUCACUAUUUAAUUUCCAAACGACAGGCCUAUUUAAGCCUGUUUAUAGUUGAAAUAAUAGACUGUGAUUUAGCUCCUACUGCUUUGUUCUAAAGAAUACUAGAGUCAUCCAUGAUCCAGAACAUGCAAACCACAUCUGCAUUUUCUUUUUUUUUGAACACUUAAGAAUAAACAUGUAACUUAAGAGCUUGUGUAAUCUUAACAAGGUUGCUUCUGUUACCAAAAAGUACAAAAAUGGACUUCAAACAGAAUGUAAACACAGGCUAUAUAUUUUCAAUUAGUACUGACUUGAAAAGGAACUAUUUGAAAGUUUGUGACAGCAUUCAGAUUCUCUAAUCCAAAUUGCAAUAUACAGUUUGCUCUUCUAAACUGCAUUGCCACUUUCUUACUGUGACUGGAGAGAGAGAGACAGAAAAAGUGAACAGAAUAACUGCUUUUGUGCCUUUAAAAAAAAUAAGCAUUGCAUUUUGUCUUGACAAUGGCAAUAGAAAAGUGCUGCAGAAAGAUAAAUAUUGAUGAGAGCUUCCCAAACUGAGCUACAACCUCUAGUGUUAUUCAGAUGAAAUUUACGUAGUUGGAAAUCCAGGCUGCUUUCUUGUUGGAAUCCAAACAGCUCAGUUAGCCCCUAAACCACAAGUUGUGUGUGCCUGAUAAACCCCAGUGACUGGUGUCUGAUGAGUUAUCCUUGUUCUUUAAUGCUAGGCCGCUCUGAAGACUGCAGAGAAUUUCGAAUUACUAUUCACUUCUUUCAAUCUGCCUGAGUGAUACAGGUAGCCUCUAGAAGGAUGCUUUUCUCUACCUUGCCUCUGUUUUGUGUACUGCACUAAGUAAUAUGCAUAUCCUGUGUCCUCAUGUACAUUUGUCAUUGAAGUGGUCAAACCAAAAAGGGCAUAGUUGGGAGAUGUAGUGCUUAACAGUAAGUUUGGUGGAAAGGAGCCCACGUAACAACCAUUUGUUACCAAUCAAAAUUUUGCCAAACGGAACAGAAAAAUACUGGGUUAUUUUACUUGGUCUUUUCAAGAAGUAGUUUCUGUUCUCUCAAAGUAAUAUAAUAAAGUGUAUGCCUUAAUUUGGCUUGUUUUUAUAUUAAUUACAUUGCACGGAGAUAAGUAAUGCAGGACCAUUUUUGGAAGAUAGAAUACCAAAACUGAAAGAGUACCAAAUGGUUAGAGGUAGCUGUGUUGGUCCAUCACAGUACAUGUACCCUGAUGAUCCCACCCCCACCCCUUAAUUACCAAGUACUUAAAUUUUUGAAAUGUUAUACAAAGAUUAAUCUUAUCUCCCUCUUUUAAAAGUAGGGAUACAGUAUUUGGGCAUAGAUGCAGAGGAGUUAGCCGUGUUAGAUGCAUCUGACAAAGAGAACUGUGAUUCUCGAAAGCUUAUGCUACAAUAAAGUUGGUUAGUCUUAAAGGUGCUACUGGACUCUUUUUAGUAUUUUGGCAAAAUCCUAAAUCUAAGUAACUUGCAGUCCCAUUGAUUUCAGGGAGAGAACUGAGCAAGCACAUGAUUGAAUCUUGCUGCUGUCAGUGGCACAGUUUUAGUUUAACUUUGUUUCCUAUGUGGGAAAGAGGUGUUUUCUGUAUAACCACCUUGUUGCUGACUACAAAUCCUCACUCAUCAUCACCCCUUGCAUUCUAAUCUUCAAAACACAGCACAGUGAGGUGCUAAUGCUACUGUAGAGUACAAUAGUCUCAGGUGAGCUGCUAAUGGCUGCCUACUCCUCUAAGAUGGUUUUAGUUCUAAAGGAAGGGGUUCCCUUAAAGCAGGUAACACUAUUGGUUCUGUACAAACAAAUCAGAUUUGGUUUCAGUAAACACAGUUCCUUUCUAGAAAUGCUGUGAUAUUAAAACAUAUACCUUGUCCCUGCCAUUGUCCAGAUUUAAUGCUGUGCUAAUGAGUCAUCCGCACUAUCAGUCUGUUCAGUCACCUGUUUACCAUGGCAUCUGAUGCCAGCUGCAAAUGUUUUAAGAGAGCAUUCACAAUAUAGUUCCUUUUUCAUUUUUAAAAAAUGUAAUCUUAGAAAUAUACCAUGCCUAUGGAAAAAAGCAAACUUUGUGCUUGAAUGUAAGUCCAUGUGGUUAUUUUUGGGAUAGCAAAGGUAUUACUGCCAGCACACCAAUACUUAAUUGCUGGUCAUUUCCUCACAUGUAUUCAUGGCACGUAUGCAUUUGCAAAUCACUGAAAACCAAAGCUUUUCUAUCCCUGUACACAGUGAUAUUUAUGUAGCCUAGUGACUGUUAUUUUGUUUUCCAAAUGUUUGUAUGCUUUGUGCUGGAUAUAACUACCAGGGCUGGCCCAAUCAUACAAGCAACUCAACUAGUUGCUUGGGCAGCAAUAUAUUUAGGGGUGCCAUGAAGCAAUGUGCAAUCUGAGAGUUGUGCCCAGCAUUCUGUGACAUAACUUGGGGUAAUACCAUGCAGCCACUUGGAGACAGCAAGAUAUUUUAGGCUGGUCCUGAUAAUUGUGGGUGGAAGUCAAUGUGUCACUUGGCAUGGCUCGGCUCAUACAUAGUAUAGGUGAUGUACAGAACCAGUCUUGUUGAAAGAGCAAGGAGGUUUUAGUGCAGUAGCAGAACUUAAAAGUUUACCUGUGCCUAAAGGAGAAAAAAGAUGCAGAGGCAAACAAGGUGAAGAUUUGUACAGUAUGCAAAGUCCAUACUUUAUGUGGCAACUAUGGGGGGCUGUGAGAAAUUCUAGGAGUGCUACAUAAAUUCAUCAAACUUCUUUGCAGUUAAAAUGUAGUGGUGGGAAUGGUUUGUUUCAACAGUAGAGUAAAAACUUUUAUGCAAGCUGGACUUAAGUGUAAUUAAAUGUAUGACACAAGUUUGACUUUGCUAUUUGGCAUGCUCAGUAUGUUCAGUGCAUGCUCAGAUGUUCUUGCAGAUGAUGCACCUGACUCAUUUCUGAGUAACUGUUUUCACAGUGUUUGACUGGCAGAUAAUGGGCAGGCCUUUCGAUGCACUUAGGGCAAGCAUGAAUGAAAACUAGUAAGACUCAAGGCAUCCCUGUAUAGGAAAAGUUGAUUCAUGCUUAUCGUGACUCAGCAUGACUCAUGCUAUAAGUAAAAAAAAAACCCUUCAAAAUGCUACCCUCUACAUUGCAGCAUCAACCUUAUAACUUCCUUAUCACUGUUAGAUAAAACCUUAUGCACGUGAGAUACAAAAUCAAGAGAGACUGAGAGAUAUUGAACAUUUAUCAACUACUCACUGUUCAACCUUAUGAUGAACAGAUAUCUGUUCCAUUAUUCCAUAGUAAAACUAGCACUCUAAAGAUUGUUCUCCAUUUCACAAGAAGCCAGAUUACUAAAUUUAAAAAGUGAUAGGAAAUCAAUUAGGGACAAAGCAAAGGAAGUUGGAUUUUGUCAAGCUGUACAACACAAAUAGCUUACAUAGUUCACACAUGAGGAUGGCAGCUAGUCAGAGAGGCACCUGAAUGCAUAUUUCCACAGCCUUAUGCCUCCAGAUGGUUUCAUGGAAGACUUUUGAGCUACAAAGAGUAGGUCCAGAGGACUAGAAAAUUGAAAAUACUUAAUUUCUAUGAUUUCUAUUACUAUUUGUGAUAUACUUUUAAUGCAAGAUGUCGCUGAUGCAUGUGGUACAGUGCUCGUUUGUGCAAUAAAACUGCUCAAUACAAAUAACAGGAUUACCAUAGUUAAGGGUAUCAGAAGGUAGAGGCUAUCGACCAGAAAUUCUGGCAUCUAUGAAAUCUAGGACAAAUUAUGUGGCUUUUAAUCAUGAUUAAAAAGAUCAGCAUAGUAUUGAAUUCCUAAUAAAGAAUUACAAUUUUUAAAAUUAUGUAGACCAAAGUUACAGAAAUUUCAUAGAGGUAUGGGAAAUGAAUGCAUUCUAUCCUUUAAGUAUGGUGGUUGUUUACACCAUUCCACCCAUUGUUAUGUACAGUGGUUGCACAUUACAAUGGAUUUUGGAUACAUUAUACAUAUCUUCACCUUUCAUAUAAGUCUUUCUGUACCGUUUUUUUAAAAAAUUCUAGGUAUAGCCCGCCAUAAACUGUAGUAUUUUUUCCUGUGGUCUCUAACCUUUGUAACUGAGGGGAAGAAGGGCACUAAGAGUGAGUCUCAAAAUCAGUGUAAUGGGCCAAAGUGUUCCAUGUGCCAUAGCAAAUUAGAACAUUGCACAGCUUGCUGGAGAGUCAGUCUUUCUCACUCCAGAUAAUUCAAAGCCAAAUUUCACUCUUGGAUAUCUGGGAUUUCUUCUUGGUUCAAUGGGAAGUCAGUCAAAGACAUGUACCAAAGUAAGCAAACCAGGGUCUCUAAGAUAUUCAGGCUAUUGAUCAACAACAAAAGCAUGUUUUUUUAAAAAAAAAAUCCAUUUCUUAAGCUAUAGAGUGUGUGUAACACAACUAUCUGUAUUGCUUGUGGCAGUACCUGCAAAAUUGGGUUAAAGGGGGUCUUGUGCAAAAAGGGGCAUAUAAAUUUUUAUGGACUUGCCUUUAUGGUUCCCUUCCUCCAUUACAGCAAAAAGCCAAGACUUAUUGGAAUUGUUCCUGGUUAUUUGGUUCUAAUGAAUUCAAAUCUUAAAGCUUUGAUCCACCAGAGCAUUUGGCAGGGAGGGACGAGUGUCUGUGUGGGUUACCUGUGAGACAUCUGCAGAAGGUUCCAGGUUUUUUUCAUGCAGAAGGGUCAAGUUAAGAGAUCUGUGGAAACAGGUCCUGGGAAAGGUUACUUCCCCAAAUUUUGGACAGUGUUGCUAGUUAGAAUUAGACAGUACUGGGCUAGAUGGACCUGUGUGCUGAUUCUGUAUUAGGCAGUUUCAUAUGUUCAUCUGGUGGGGAAGUAAUUCAGUAUGUUUUCCCUAAAAGCCAAUUUUGGUCUUCUAAUUCCAAACAGAUUUACAAACUACCAUGACUUUAGUGGGGACUCAGUUGAUUGGCUUAGGAGUAUCCUCCUUUGGUUAUGCAUCCACCCCAAGACUUGCAAGCAAGAACUGUAAGCAAAAGAUUGUGCUUUCUUUUUGGAACAGGGUCGGAACUGUCUACAUUUCACAUUGCUUGCUUUUUAGCUACUACGAGUUUAAAACUUGAUACUGUUUGUCCUAAUGUGGGAACAGAUUACUGCAACCCAAAUGUGCUCAGCCUGUCAUCCCAAAUCUCAUGAUUUUUCUUAUGGAAAUAUCACUGUAAGUAUGGGGAGGAGAUGCUGGCUGAAGUUGACAGUAGACUUACUUUUCAAAAAGCUAUGAAUAAAAAUGUGUAAAUUUUAUCCUUUUGAUCUAAUGUACAUUUUUAUGCAGCUUCAGAUUCUCUAUUUAAUCCCUUGUUUUUUCUCUGUAAAUGUUUUUACUCUGUUUGAAUGCUGGGCACAGUUUGUAAUGUGUGUACACAAAGGUGUUUUUUUCUAUCAAUGUUAACUCUUUUGCACAUUUUUUGAAAAUGUUUAAUUUGUACACUGAUUUAAUACUCUGACCAACUGUUAUGGAGUGUAUGUGAAUUCUGUAUGUGUGCAAUGUACUACUGUCUUGAAUGUAUGAGAAAUUUUUAAUUCAGUGUAAAUGUGUGUUAGCUUUUGGCUUUAUCUUGGUUGAGGAACUCAGGACAUUAGCUUUGCUUACUAGUUCCCCAUAAUAGUCCCGAUCUGGCAAUUCAGUUGUGCCUGCAUGAGUUCCAACACACACAAUGAACUCUGUGAGCGGGAACUUUCCAGUUCACUUCAAGCAUUUGGACCCCUGCUGAUUGACCAGUCAAAUACUAUCAGUUGACUGCCACCUACUUCAUUAUUUCAAAAUAGUUAAAUAAGUCGGUUAUUUUCUAUAAUCUGCAUAGAACUGUAACAGUUUUGUUACAGUUCUAAUAAAAUGCUGUAAAUUCUUGAUCAUUAUUCGACUGGACAACUGCUUGAAAUUUUUUUGACUUGCCAGAUGUCCAGCCCCUUUCACUUGGUGUGGGGAGAAUGCAUGCAGAACAUUCCAUGGGUUUGGAGUGAAUAGGGAAGCCACAGCUUUUAUGGACCUUUUUGUAUCCAUCAGAGCUGCUGUGGAGUUCUAGAUUGUGGCAAAUGUGUCUAAGAGCUUUCCAAAUAUAAGGUGUAUUAAAAUGCCUUCUGUGUACUGUCUGUCCUGCCUCCCACAAACUGAUUCCAAUUUCAUUUCUACAUUUUUUAAAGAAAACUUGUUUUUUAAGGGUACUGCAUUUAGUUAGAUAAAUAUAUAAAGCUUUGAGAGAUAAUUUACUAGAUAAAUAUAUUUUCAGCUGGCUGAUCAGAAAAUAUUUUUUUAAUUUUUUUGUUUUUAACCAUUCAAAAUGUAUUUGUAUUUUCAAAAUUGGACAUGAAUUGUAUAUGAAAACACUCUGGCUGGACAACGGUAUGGUUUGUCUUGUAAAGACUUUUUAAAGCUAAAAGUAUUUCCAUGAUACAGAGAAAAUACACUGUUCUGAAAAGCUGAAGUCAAUCUGAAUUCAGAGCUGCUUGAUAAAACCAACACAAAACAAGUCUUGGAAAAGUCAGAUGUUUUAUUUCCUGAGGUUUUUUUGUUGUUACAUUGAAUGUAAUGUCUCCCUUUUGAACUUAACUCUUGUUUUCUGGUACUGGGAAAAAUUAAACCAAGUUGAAGGUACUAGCAGAAAACCAGUUAAUGCUGAACAAGUUAAAACUGGCACCCUACUUUGUGGCUUGAAAGAAUAUUUGUAUAAUGCUUAAGACGUACCAACUAAAUUCUUAUGUUGGGUAAAUAGUGCAGUGGUGGAUAUCAAAAACCAACUGUUAGGAAAAGUGAUAUUUUUUUUCCAAAGGACCUACUAACUGCCUGGUACGGUGUGGUUGUUCCGUUGUUCAUGCACAUUUUGACCUUGUUUUAAGUCUCAAAAGUGUGCUUGUACAAACUUGUAUAGAAACAUUUUGAUUUUUUAAAAGAAGAAUCUAUGUAUUUACCUGUUUUAUUUUCUUGCUGGUAAAUGGCUUUUAUUUUAUUUGGGUUUUUUAUCGAAUAUAAGAGAAGCCAUGUUUAUAUUCUGUGUUUGACCAAAUGACUUUGUUUUAUGGAAUUUGUAUAUUGCGCUGGUACACAUCUUUGUUAGGAUGACUGUGCAUGAGGACCUGCAAGAAUUAAUACAAUGAAAGAUUGUUUUUUUCUUCCAAGUUAAUUCAUUCUGGAAAGAUUAUGGUGCAAAGGUUUACUGGAUGUAACCUUAUGAGCUUAUGGAAUGACUAUAGAUAAUGGCACUUUUAAGUGUUAAUAAAACAAAUAUUUAUUUCCA